UUCCUAGAAAAAUGGCUUUGAGCAGUUCUGCAUUAACUUUGUGAAUGAGAAGCUGCAGCAGAUUUUCAUCGAGCUGACUCUGAAGGCCGAGCAGGAAGAGUAUGUCCAAGAGGGGAUAAAAUGGACGCCCAUCGAAUACUUCAACAACAAGGUGGUCUGCGAUCUCAUUGAGAACAAGAGCCCGCCGGGGAUAGUCUGUAUCUUGGACGAUGUGUGCGCCACCAUGCACGCCAAGGGGGAGGGGGCCGACCAGACCCUACUCCAAAAGUUACAGUCGCAGAUGGGCACCCACGAACACUUCAACAGCUGGAACAAAGGCUUCAUCAUCCAUCACUAUGCAGGCAAGGUAUCGUACGAUGCGGAGGGAUUCUGCGAACGGAACCGAGACGUGCUGUUCACCGACCUCAUCGAGCUGAUGCAGAGCAGCGAGUUGCCCUUCAUUCGCGACCUGUUCCCCGAAAACCUGAAAGCUGACAAGAAGGGGCGGCCCACCACCGUCGGGGUCAAGAUUAAGAAACAAGCCAACGACCUUGUUGGCACCCUGAUGAGGUGCACGCCCCACUACAUCCGCUGCAUCAAACCCAAUGAGACCAAAAAGGCCAAAGACUGGGAGGAGACCAGAGUCAAACAUCAAGUGGAAUAUCUGGGACUGAGGGAGAACAUACGUGUCCGGCGAGCUGGCUAUGCCUAUCGGAGAGUCUUCAAAAAAUUCCUCCAGAGAUACGCCAUUCUUACCAAGGACACCUGGCCCAGUUGGCGAGGGGAUGAGAAACUGGGAGUGACGCACCUCCUGCGGUCGGUCAAUAUGGACCACGAUCAGUUCCAGCUCGGCAAACACAAGGUCUUCAUCAAGGCUCCUGAGUCGCUCUUCCUCCUUGAGGAGAUGCGAGAACGCAAGUACAAUGGCUACGCCCGGGUGAUCCAGGGGGCCUGGCGCAAGCACAUCGCUGUCCGCAAGUACAUCGAGAUGCGCGAGGAAGCCUCCGACGUGGUGCUGAAUCGUAAGGAUCGACGAAGGAACAGCAUCAAUCGCAACUUCGUGGGUGACUACAUCGGGAUGGACAACCGGCCGGAGCUCCGGCGCUUUGUGGGCCGCAGGGAGCGCAUCGACUUCGCCGACACCGUGCUCAAGUACGACCGGCGGUUUAAGACGGUGAAGCGGGACCUGAUCUUGACUCCGAAGUCGCUGUACCUGAUUGGCCGGGAGAAGGUGAAGCAGGGCCUGGAGAAGGGGCUGAUCAAGGAGGUGUUGAAGAGGCAGAUUGAGCUGGAAAGGAUUCAGUCCGUCUCUCUCAGCACGAUGCAGGAUGACUUCAUUAUUAUCCACGAGCAGCAAUAUGACAGUGUCCUGGAGUCGACGUUCAAGACUGAAUUUCUCAGCCUCCUGUGCAAACGUUUUGAGGAAAAGAUGCAGAGGAAACUUCAACUGAAGUUCAGCAACCUGCUGGAGUUCAAAGUGAAGAAAGGGGGCUGGGGUCCGUGGGCGGCCGCAGGGUCUCGCCAGAUCCAGUUCCACCCGGGUCAGGGAGAGGUCGCGGUGCUGAAACCAACCAAUAAGGUGCUGACCGUCAGUAUAGGAGCCGGACUGCCCAAGAACUCGAGACCCACACGGAAAGACAUCAGGAAGAGCACGUACCUGGAUAGAAGGCCGCAUGCUCCAGGUACACUCAGAGAUUUCGAGGCUAAUUUCUGUCCCGGUCCCAGCUCUUCGGCUGCCGGAGCCCUCGUCCGCGCCACCAUUCCCUCCAGACCCGACUAUCCCAGCUGCUCCCCCACGUCCUCCCCUCUGUCAACUUCGACUCCUCCGAAUCUCCACUGCCCCCUCCCC